GCGGCGUGGUUGCGCACGCAACCGCGGCAGGCGGAAGUGGGUCGCUAAGGAGGCGGAGAAGCCGCCCGCCUGCCCGCCCCGGGAGCUGCGCCGCCGCCGCUGCCUCCGCCUCCGCCGCCUCCGCCGCCUCCCGCCGCCGCUGACAGGCCCGCGGCCCCUGGGCGGAGAGCGAGCGGGCGGGCGGGGCCCGGGCCGGGCCGGGCCGGGCCUGGCCGGGAGCGGGGAGAGCGCCGCCCCGCGCCCCGGGGCCGCAGGAUGAAGGGGCCGAGCCCGAGCCGGGGGCGCCGGGCCCAGGAGGCGGCACCAUGACUGGGGAGAAGAAGAAGAAGAAGCGGCUCAACCGCAGCGUGCUGCUGGCCAAGAAGAUCAUCACCAAGGACGGAGGCGCCCGACAGGGGAUUGGCGAGCCUAGUGUAUACCAUGCCGUGGUGGUGAUCUUCCUGGAGUUUUUUGCCUGGGGCCUGCUCACAACCCCUAUGUUAACGGUAUUGCACCAGACAUUCCCACAGCACACUUUCCUGAUGAAUGGCCUGAUCCACGGAGUCAAGGGCCUGCUGUCUUUCCUCAGCGCCCCUCUCAUUGGCGCCCUCUCAGAUGUCUGGGGCAGAAAGUCAUUCCUCCUCUUGACGGUGUUCUUCACCUGCGCACCCAUCCCACUGAUGAAGAUCAGCCCCUGGUGGUACUUUGCAGUCAUUUCCAUGUCAGGCGUCUUCGCAGUCACCUUCUCCGUCAUCUUUGCCUAUGUAGCUGACAUCACCCAGGAGCACGAGCGGAGCACAGCCUAUGGCCUGGUCUCCGCUACCUUUGCUGCCAGUCUGGUGACAAGCCCAGCCAUCGGUGCCUACCUGUCCCGCGCCUAUGGGGACACACUGGUGGUAGUGCUGGCCUCAGGCGUGGCUCUGCUGGACAUCGGCUUCAUCUUGCUGGCUGUGCCCGAGUCCCUGCCCGAGGAGAUGCGCCCAGUGUCCUGGGGGGCUCCCAUCUCCUGGGAGCAGGCCGACCCCUUUGCUUCUCUUCGGAAAGUGGGCCAGGACUCGACCGUGCUUCUCAUCUGUAUCACUGUCUUCCUCUCCUACCUACCAGAAGCUGGCCAGUACUCCAGCUUCUUUCUCUACCUGCGCCAGGUAAUUAGCUUUUCCUCAGAAACAGUGGCCGCCUUCAUUGGUGUGGUGGGGAUUCUCUCCAUCCUGGCUCAGACAGUGGUGCUGGGGAUCCUGAUGCGCUCCAUAGGGAACAAGAACACGAUCCUGCUUGGCCUGGGGUUCCAGAUCCUACAGCUAGCCUGGUACGGCUUUGGCUCCCAGCCUUGGAUGAUGUGGGCCGCAGGUGCGGUGGCUGCCAUGUCCAGCAUCACCUUCCCCGCCAUCAGCGCCAUGGUGUCCCGGAAUGCAGACCCUGACCAGCAAGGGGUCGUCCAAGGGAUGAUCACAGGCAUCCGGGGGCUGUGCAACGGUCUGGGCCCGGCUCUGUAUGGCUUCGUCUUCUAUCUCUUUCACGUGGAGCUGAACGAGAUGGUGGCGGUGGAGAGCCUGGAGAAGGCCGCCAAGCCCAACAUGGCCAACCCUUCGGACGAGCGGAGCAUCAUCCCCGGCCCCCCUUUCCUCUUUGGAGCGUGCUCAGUCCUGCUGUCCCUCCUAGUGGCCUUGUUCAUCCCUGAGCACAAUCAUCUCACACUGCGGUCCGGCAGCCACAAGAAACACAGCAAUGGUGCCCAGAGCCACACACACAGCCCCCAGGCGGGCGGCCUGGAUGGCAAGGAGCCCCUCCUGGUGGACAGCAGUGUAUGAGGGGAAGGGAGAGGCCAGGAACCACCACCUUCCCCCAGCCCACCCCAUCGACUGCGGUGUGCUCGAUGCGGACUGGACCGGGUGGGAGGGCAGGCGGUCACGGACUGUACCACUAAUAGCAAAUGAGAGGACCAAGGAGACUGAGGCCCUCAGAGCCAAACACAGAUAAACACAGCUACCCACAAACUCAGUCCCAAUGGUGCAAAACUAGGCUUCUGUCAUCCAUCCAGGGCUGGAGAAUGGGAAGGAGUUGGGACUACACCACGUGAAGACAGGCUAGUGUUAGACUCACCUGCUUCUGGGGAGCUGUGGACUUUGAAAUGGGACCUGCCAAAUCCUCGUUUUGCCAGGGAGCGGGGGAGUGCCUGAAUCUCAGGUCCUGGCCCACUGCCCUCCCACAGUCACAGGAGGCACUUCCGAUUCCCCCUGGGGUGAAGGGGGACCAGGCAGAAAAGGGACCAGCAACAGCAGACCCACUGUCCGCGUUAGCUAGCCAGAACUGACCCAACCCCGUGGGCCCCUCUUCCUUGGCACCCAACCAAAUGUGCCUGCCCAGCCCAGGAUGCUCUUGGCAGGGAGCUCCUUGCUGAUGGUAUCGUAGAAGGCAGAGAUUUCCCAUAUCCUCGUGAGGGGUCCCAGUUUUUCCUACAGAAACCCAAAAGAGAUUUCCCCCCUUUAUCAGGUCCGUCUGCUUUGCAGCAGCCAGAGGGUCAGGUUUGUCAUGGUUCUGAACUGGAGGAGUGGGGGAAGCGGGGAGCCCACCAAAGGAGGGGAGAUCAGGGACCCAGAGGCACUAGGACAUUUCCAGUGUAUGCACCCAUUAUUGGCCCUGCAGCUGCCAUCCAAAAAACCCUAGAGCUUGUGGGUCAGAGUAAUGGCUGACUGGGUCCCUGGAACCCCAGGUCCUCAAGGCACUGCUCCUGCAUUUGUGGGGUCAGUUCUGGGGAGUGAAGACUGAGGCCAGGAACCUGCCACGCCCCAGCCCCCAUCCCUAGAGGUCUAGGGUCUAGAUCUAGAGAUCUAGAUGUCUCCUUGCCCGUACACAUUCGAGAGCAGCAGAGGAUUCUGGGAUGCCCAAUAACUAGCCCAGAUGGUCACAGCAAAGCCCCUCUAAGGAAGGUCAGGCUGUCUAGGUGACACUAGAAAAGCAGCCACAAGGCAGGAGCACAGAAAUGACCCAGGUUAGACUCCUCUGGCUAUAGGGAUGGUGGUGUUGUUUUCCCCAUGUUGCUUUUGGUUAGAUUUGCUGGUGGCCCAUGUUGCUUUUGGUUAGAUUGCUGGUGGCCCUUGCCUACAAGGGCCCCAUGACUCCCUUCGCUUGGAGCGGCCCCGGUGCUGGGCCGGCUGCCAUCAGUGCUCCAGCUUUGUCCCUGGGUUGUGGCCAGUGGAGGUCAGGUACGGGUCUGGGGCAGCCUGUGGCUCUGCCCUCCUCCCAUCCCCCAGGAAAGACCUGCCACAGCCCAUGUCAGGGAUUUUGUCCUAGGAGGGGGUCCCAAGCUUUCCCAUCAUUCCCAACCAAGCCUUUUGUUUACAUACAGAGCAGUUCCAGAUCCCUAGCCUACAUCCCCAGGAAGGUGGAAGGCUUUUAGGGAUUCUCUGGCCCCUCCCCAUGAGUCCAGGAGCGAGUGCUUCCUUGGGAAUUUCCUCUGGGGUUCUGCAUGGGGGAGGUGGCCAAAGCUGCUUUGCCCUCAGCCCGUCCAUCCGUCUCCUUCAUCCAGGACCUACAGUGCUGGAGCCAGAGCCAUCCAAACAUUGUAGAAAUGAGCCCACCCUGGGAGAGGAGGUGGCGGUGGCCUUUCCAUUUUGCACUUUAGUCUGCAGGGACCGGCGGACCCGCAGUCCCGUUUCUCCUUCCUCUUCCCCUUGCAGCCCCAUGCCCACCAAGGUUUUCUUUCCAACAGUUGGCCCAUUUUCUGGGUAGAGACAUCAGAAAAGCAAAAUCUCACUCAUCCUUUCAAAAGGUCACGGAAGACCAUUUCAAAAAUUCAAAUUAACAGACCAACUCGGGUUAUCAGGCUGGGAGCCUCUAGGUCACAGAGACACCUGUGGUAACCUGGCAUUGCCAGGAACAGAGCUCUGAGCAGUCAGCUGAUCCCCUCACCCCAGAAACCACAAGGCAGGGACCAGGCCCAUGGCCCUGAUUCCAGCAAGCUUCCCCCACCCCCGCCUUUGCAGGCUCCUGCCCCCUAAAACAAUCCCUCAAAGCAUGUUUCGUCCGGCCCUCUUGCCUUUGCCCCAGUCCCUGAAAGGCACCUAGUUGCCAGGGCUGCGUGAAGACCCUUGUGGAUCUGAUAGGCCCCGUGUGUCCUGGAAGCCGUCCAGAGACCACUCUUUCUGCCAAUUUUAUGUUACACUUUGUAAGAGGGGAGGGGGGAACGUGAACCAAUUAUUGGAAAGGGCAUUUCCCCCUGUGCAGCUUUUCUGUUCAGCCAGGCGGUGCCACUAUUGGAAUGUUGGCACAAGCCGCGGGCCAGCUGUCCCUGGGGUGUCCCUGGGGCCACGUUGCCCCCUUCCCUCCACCCCCCCGGUUUGGGGCCUACGGCAGCCCCUUCUUGCUCUGGCCCUGCCUUCCUCUCUGCCUAGUUCUCUUCUGGUUUACCUUGCCCUCCUCAGGGACCCAGCUGGGGGAUUUGAAGGAGUCCCAGUGGACCUGCUGUUGCUGAAACAAACAUGGAGACAGUGAUGUGAGCUGGCUCUUGGCAAGUGGCCAAGGUUUCAUGUUGGUUCUGCUUGGUCCUCCUCCCUCCAGGACCCCCACUCCCCACUCCCUACCGUAGCCAACCUCUGUUUUCAUUAAGAAGGGACCAGCCCUAUACUCUGGAAUUGAUGACGUUAACCCCCUGGUGUGUUGUUGAUUUUGUGUUUUUAGCUGAUAACUCAGUACAAUUUAGUUGAUUUCAGAUUGUGUUUAGAUACAGGUGCCCCCCUCCUGGUUAUUUAUUAAACAGCUGCUUUCUUCUUGCAAAGAAAAAAAA